AUGAGUAGCAACUGCCUAAGUGGCUUGCUGUGUACCACUGCUUAUCUCUGUCCGCUCAGACUCCCGCUGUGCUUGUGGUCUAAUAUAGAUGACACCGUAGUGACCAUUGAGGAGGAUCGAGGCGGAAAAGGUCGUGGCGGAGAAGGAUUGACCAACUCUAAGCGAAUUAGCAAAUGUCAUAAAAUUGGAAAGGACAGACGGUCUCGUUUCUGGGUUGUGUACAAACGAGUCGCAGAGGAACACGACGGCGAGUUCUUCGAGCGAUACACCAACGACAUGGACAUUGUCUUGUUCUUCUCUGGUCUUUUCUCAGCUGUCAGCACGUCUUUCAUUGUCGCAAUGGAGUCCAAUCUCAGGCCCGACCCCAGCGACACAACGAAUGCCCUUUUGAAGCAACUCGUGCAGAUGGGGCUCGACAACCUCGCUGAAGUGGGCUCCAUGCCCGCAGACCCAGCAUCUACGUGGUCGUCGGCUGCGAGGAUCCAGAUGGCCGCAUAUGCAAGCUUGUCCAUGAGUUUGCUAGCAGCAUUCGGGGUUGUACUAGGCAAGCAGUGGCUCGGGUACUACAAGUCGAACAGGUAUGGUCGCGGCUCACAGGAGGAACGAGGGAAGCGAAGGUAA